AGCAAGCACAGCCACCAGACGUCGUGGGCUGCACCGAACAAGUUGAUCAGGCGAAUUGUCAUUAUCGUCGUAAUAAUCACGCGGAUGGAAAGGAUGGCUUGAAAAAAAGGGCAAAGGCGAAAGUUAAGAUGCCGGGCUAUCAGCAGGACGUGGACAUGGAGUUCUGCACCGACAAGGUCUUGUCCAAGGGCAGGAUACUGCAAGAGCUCACCAGAGCCGUCAAGCUCGUAUAUGCUCAAAGCCUACACGGUACUGUGGUACUGGAUGGUGACUCCAGGCUGGUCUAUUGGUUGGACAGAGCCCUGCGACAUGGCUUGCGCAUCGAACGGCACGGCUAUUGGGGCACAGCCCGAGAACUAAGUCACCAAGACACUGUUGUUGUCAUCCAUGCUUUGCAAAACGUCCUAACUUCAAUAGGAAAAGGGAGAGCAUGGUUGUAUCAUACAUUGAGCGAGGGUAGCUUUGAAAGUUAUCUCGCUUGUAUGCUCAGAGAUGUAAAAACCUUGAAGAAGCAAUACUUUCCACAUGCACUUGUCAGAGAUGCCGACAGGACCAACCAGUUGAUAAAUCUGCUGGUUGGACUGGAAAAUGUCUCGUUCACGUUGCAACUGGACGUCACGUACCUGGACAUCUGCAAUUACAUGACACAGCAUCCCAUGAGCGGCUCGCCAUCGGGCACGGCAUUGAGCUUGCACUUGCGCACCGUCAGUUUGUCGUCGAGUCUGGCAUCACCCGGAGACAGUGGUGUCGCGUUAGACAGCGAUAUGGACGCCGCCAACGAGACCGACACCAGCAGCUACAAAGAGGACUGUAACUUCUAUGUCAAUGACACAAUGGACACUAACUGCGCGUCAAAGGCUACGGACUGCGAGAACAACGGCAUCCUACUCAACUCUAGUUACGGCAACAGCCCGCACUACUACUACAGUAGCGUCGAGCCGGUCACCGGCGGCACCGGCUACAGUUUCAAGCGAGUAACUACCGGCCUGAAAACGGACCAGUCACGCCCGCAUGGCAACUCAUACGUGAUAAACAAUGAGACGAAUCUGCUCGAGCUGAGCAUGACGAUAUCGGAUUGCGAUAAUGCCGAGGCGUCCUACAACAUCCUCGAUGCCAUAAGCAUGGUACCAUCGCUGCCACCGGUGCCGGUAAACAACAACAGUAACGGCAACAGUAGCAAUAGCAGCAUACUGUCAUCGUCGAGUUCAGAGGUCUCGGUUCAGCUCAGACAACAACGUAAGAAGAAGCGCAGCGAGACCAAGAAGCGCGUCAGCUUUCACGAGGACAUUUUCAAGAUGAUGAAACUCGACGAUGACGAAAACUACGUCGACUGCUGUUCACCAUCGUCGGCGAGCUACGGUGGUGGUGCCACCUGCUAUGCCCAGCAGCGAGUCAAGAGGGAGCUGCCGCAGAAGAGCAGGUAUAGCUGGUGUGCCAAUGGGGAUUACUCGCCUUACGUACGAAGGGGAACGGUGGGUCCGAGGAGGAACGCCUUUUCAGACUGCUACUCAUCCACAUCGUCGCUGAGCAUAUUUGAUGGCAGUGACGCGGAACGUAAAUCGGGCCGCGUUGACCACGAGAACAACUACCAGGAGGAUGGAGAUGACACGGAAGUGCAGGAGGCUAUGACGUGUGCAUGCAUCGCGAUGGCGGAGAGGGGCGUACCUGAAGGCCGGGAAGAACCCAUGGGGGCCCCUGUCAGAUGUAAAAUCGAGCUCGAGCUCGAGGAGAAUGAGGCUCUGGAGGCUUACACCGUCGAGGAAGAAUGCGGGGUUGUACACGAAGAUCCGCUGGUGAAGCUUGAAAUGCCCACAUUGCCCGAUGCCAAUGGCGGCAAACCACUGGGAAAGUAUGCAAGCUCGAACGACUGGUCGGAUCUCGAGAGCGUGACCACGAUAUCGGACAAUCCAGAGGAUCGCCGUGGCAGUGUUAGUGCUGCUAGUACUUGUAGCAACAACAACAACAAUAACAACAAUAACAACAAUACCACCACCAACAAUAAUAACAAUAACAGUAACAAUAAUCGUCAUCUGGCCUCACCAGUGCGAAGGCGAAACACGACCACAGCAAUUCUGAGCAGCGGCGAGAGUAGCCGCUUCAUGCCGGCCGGCACGCAGCCAGCUGCUAUGAGACAGGCACCCUCGAAGUCGUCGCUGCUGAGCCGAUUCCUGCGUUCCAUAACCGAACGCAAGUUCGAAUCGAAGCGAGACAGGAGAAUGACAUCAAAGUCGAGCCAUGGUAUGGCACUAUUGGUCAAACGGUCAAAAGUAGAUCCAGCCCUGCUAAAGGAGUUCGACGACUCUCUGGCGAAGGAGAUCCGAGAGGCUGCUGCGCCCGGCGAGAGGGAGCUCAGUGGAGAGAUAGUAGGAGCCAAGGUUAGGGAGACCUUAAGGAGGAGCAUCUACAGGGACAAGACCGAGGUGCUGUACAAAGUGUACAAGGUUAGGAGCUCGUACAUGACGAAUGGCGAGAGCAAGCCCAUGCUGGCUCUGUUGACCGAUAAGACUCUCUAUUUAACCGGUAGCAAGGGUGGCUUAACCUACAGCAACCACUUUGUUAUCCCGUACAAUGAGCUCGACGUCAUUCUGAUCGGGCCUAACGCACAAACGGUUCUCAUAUCGAACGCUGACUACGAAAUGCAGUAUCUCUUUUCAACGGGAAGCAAAAGAACCACCUCAGAGCUCAUUGGACAUUUGGAAAUGGCUAUGCGGGGAUCUCCGUCGAAGCCUAGACUACCGGCGGUCAAGGAGUUGCACUACGACGACAUGCACAUGCUCAGACACUCCAUUUUAGCCGAUACGGCGGUUCACGCGGAUGAAAAAAUUGAGCACUACAGCUUGAUAUUCAUGGAAGAUGAACACAUCUCUCCACCGACGUCCCCCUGUGGGCCCACGAAAGAGGGUGACCUCAUGUUUAGGAGCCACAGCUACGUAUCAGGCUCGACCUCGGCGGCGAGCCCCUGGGAGGCUGGUUACUUUGUACUGAAAGGUGGUGUGGUCUACAUGUUCACCGACAGUAAUCAGAGGCUGCCAAGGCGUGCCAUACCACUGAAGGGCGGUCUCUGCCAGGGAUGCCGUAGAAUUCCCAACUCGCACCGGCCCCACACCUUUGAGAUUCUCCUCAAACCCAACAAAUCUUUCCAGUUCGCCGCCCCGGACGAGUACGUGGCGUCCGAGUGGCUGCAAAGCUUCAUCCAGAGCGCCUCUGGCCUGUUUGACUGCUCCGAGAACAGAGACCCACUGCCUUGCAGCCUAAUCGUCACUUCGGGCCACCUGGUGGCAAUGAAGGAGGUCUUUCCUGGUACCCAGCGCGGUCAGACGCUCUCCUGCGCCAGCAUCGAGGACCUCUCGGCCUUCCGGGUACCCCUUUCGCAACAGUCCUGGUGCAUACUGGAGUUUGCAUGCAGAGAAGUUCACGAGAGCAGCGGAGACUGGGUCGUGUACUUUUCGAGCCACAGGGAGCAGCGGGCGUUCCAGAGGGUUCUCGAGCGUCUCUGGACAAACGCUAAACUGGGGGAGUUCCCAGUGAGCAGUUUACCGGCCGAGGAGAAACUCUACAGUCGGUGCUCGAGCGCGAACAAGGCCCUCGAACAGGCUUGGCAGCACCUGCUGCCGUCGGAGACAGAUUAGCAGUUAAAAUUACUCGACAGAUUUGAGAUCGGCGCGAUCUUCAAGUCGUUGUUUUUUCAUUGAAAACAAUGUGUGUGAGGGGUGGGGGGGGGAGUGACAAGUCGGCAAAACCAAAAAACUAUACAUAGUACUAUUCGUACCUCAUAUCGUCGCUUCUGUAUACGCUGAAUCGUUGUGUUACCUAGGCCAAUAUAUAUAUAUAAUUAUAUAGUGCUCUCGUGUUAUUGGGACAUGUAAUGGAAUCUCU